UGCCAUCUCUCUGUGUGUGUCGUGAGCGCGCAGGGAGGGAACCGGGCGCGCGCCCGCCAGAUGCACCAGGCGCCUGCAUCUUUGCACCUGGGCGGCCGCUUCCUUUGGAGGAGGAUGCAGGCGCCGGCGGCAGCAGGAUUCCUAGGAUCCACGCUCCUGGGUGUCUAGGCAGGAAGCCAGGAGCCACCUCUUCCUCUUCCUCUUCCUCCUCCUCUUCCACCAGAGGGGAAGCCAAGAGGACCGCUUUAAAUAUGACCGAAGAGCCGACGGUUAAUGUAACGUGGCUGCCUCAGGAUCGCUUAGACGUUGGUUGGACGGAAAAUGUUUCGGCUGCCUCGGUCACCUCCCUAAUCCCCGUCAAUGAACCAGAGCCGGACUUUAUAGUCAACCCUUGGGAUAUUGUCUUGUGUACUUCGGGAACCUUGAUCUCCUGUGAGAAUGCGGUGGUGGUCCUGAUUAUCUUCCACAACCCCAGCCUUCGUGCCCCAAUGUUCCUCCUAAUCGGCAGCCUGGCUUUAGCAGACCUCUUAGCCGGGAUUGGAUUGAUCUUCAAUUUCAUUUUUGCCUAUCUUCUCCAAUCGGAGUCUACCAAGCUGGUCACGGUUGGGCUGAUUGUUGCCUCUUUCUCAGCUUCGGUCUGCAGUUUGCUGGCUAUCACUGUCGACCGGUACCUCUCCCUCUAUUACGCUCUGACUUACAAUUCGGAGAGGACUGUCACUUUCACCUAUGUCAUGCUCAUUUUGCUCUGGGGAGCUUCCAUCUGCAUUGGGCUGCUGCCUAUUAUGGGCUGGAAUUGCCUCCAAGACGAGUCCACCUGCAGCGUGAUCCGGCCGCUGACCAAAAACAACGCGGCGGUCCUCUCUGUCUCUUUCUUGCUCAUGUUUGCUCUCAUGCUGCAGCUGUACAUUCAGAUCUGCAAAAUUGUGAUGCGACAUGCCCAUCAGAUUGCUUUGCAGCACCACUUCCUGGCCACUUCCCACUAUGUGACGACUCGGAAAGGAGUGUCAACUUUAGCCAUUAUCCUGGGAACCUUUGCUGCUUGCUGGAUGCCUUUCACACUGUAUUCCUUAAUAGCCGACUACACCUAUCCUUCUAUAUAUACCUAUGCUACCCUCCUUCCAGCCACGUACAAUUCUAUUAUUAACCCUGUAAUAUAUGCUUUCCGAAAUCAAGAAAUACAGAAGGCACUUUGGCUCAUCUGCUGCGGCUGCAUCCCUUCGAACCUGUCUGCAAGAGCGAGAUCACCCAGUGAUGUUUGAUUCAGAGGGAGGAUGGAGUUGUCUCUUUAGCACUGGUGUUGUGUGGUUGUGUUACUUUCAUUACGUUGUACAUAACAGGUUUGCAUUGAAGCCACAGGAGGUCUUGACCUUUCAGAAAGUAGAUUCUCAUUGACCAAAAUGAACCAUGCUGUUGUAGUUUCAGGAACAUCCCUGGAAGGAAAAUGAUUUUAUGCCAACUGUUAAGUGUUGCUUGGAUUCAGUUCUUUUCUUUUUUCUUUUUUGGCUUAUGCAACUACUCUCAUUUCCUCCUAUAGUUCCUCCAGGCAUUGUGCCAAGUCUUUAAAGGAGAUAUUUAUUUAUUUAUUUAUUUAUUUAUUUAUUUAUAUUUGCAUAUUUAUUUGCUUACUGAUUGUUGCAUUUGCAUCUUCUCUCUCUUCCAGUGGGCUCAAGGGAAUGGACACUGCUGUCCUCCUCCUUCCAAGCCUGUGAGGUUGGUCAGGCUGAGAGAAUGAGUCAGGGAAUGGCCCAGGGUCACCCAGUGAGUUUUAUAGCUCAGUGCGGACUGGGACCCGCAAUGGGAUUCCACAUAUCCCAGUCCAGAAUUCUGCAGAUAACACCAUACUGGCUCCUAUGUAUGUGGAGAUGCGAUUUUUCUGUCUCAUCAAAUGAAGAUCCAUUUCCAUAUGAGCAACUUGAAAAUACAUAUGCUGGAGUCCUGUUGGUUUAUCCCCACUAGAGUAGACCUGCUGAAUGAGUUCUCGAAUGGUGGUGCAACAUGCAAUUAAAUCCAAUUGAUUCAGUGGGUCUGCUCUAAUCAAUAGGGGUUAAGCCAUAGGAUGAAUUCCUGUCGAACUCCAGAUCAAGAGCUAAUCCACAACCGUAUUAGAAACAUUGGCAUUGACCUUGGAAAAUAGUAGCAUUGGAAAUGCUACUAUUUCCAAAGUGAAUGAAUUCUGUAUUCAUUCUAUGAAGGCAGAGACGGUUUCCGAUGUGUUAUUGCAGUGUGUAUCUUAGACACAUGCUGUCUAAAUCAGAAGAUGUGUGGCUUUAAUUACAAUAUGGUCUUCUGUACAAUUCAACAGGUGAUAUCAGAAAUAGCAUCUAGGCUCCCAUCCAGACUACAGGUUUUGUGAGAAUGCACAACAUCGCCCUUACAGUUUAGUAUCAGUGAGAAUAGAUUUGCUAUCCAGAGGUUCAUUCAAAAUCAGGAGAAAACAUUGAUCCAUAGCUGCAUAAGAUUCGCAGGCUUGGGUUUCUUAUAUCAUGAAGGAGAUCAUUCAGAGACAUUUGUUUAAAGAUGUAACGUCAGAAGCAAUCCUUAUUUAUACAGUAGAGUCUCGCUUAUCUAACCUUCGCUCACCCAACGUUCGGUAUUAUCCAACACAGUCUUACCUCCUAUCCAGGGUGGGAGAAAAAAAGAACCCUUGUCUGUUUUGGUGCUAAAUUCAUAAAUAUAGUAAUCACAACAUAACUUUAACAUGUAUUGAACUGCUUUUUCUGUUAAUUUGUUGUAAAACAUGAUGUUUUGGUGCUUAAUUUGUAAAAUCAUAAUAUAAUUUGACGUUUAAUAGGUUUUUCAUUAAUCCCUCCUUUUUAUCCAACAUUUUUGUUUAACCAACGUCCUGCCAGCCUGUUUAUGUUGAAUAAGCGAGACUCUACUUCAGUGUUUCUCAACCUGGGGGUUAGGACCCCUGGGGGGGUUGCGAGGGGGUGUCAGAGAGGUCACCAAAAACCAUCUCGAAAACACAGUAUUUUCUGUUGGUCAUGGGCUUCUGUGUGGGAAGUUUGGCCCAAUACUAUAUUGAAUUGGGCCAAGUGGGGUUGGUGGGGUUCAGAAUGCUCUUUGACUGUAGGUGAACUAUAAAUCCCAGCAACUACAACUUCCAAAUGUCAAGGUCUAUUUUCCCCAAACUCCACCAGUGUGCAUAUUUGGGCAAACUGGAUAUUUGUGCCAAGUUUGGACCAGAUCCAUCAUGGUUUGAGUCCACAGUUCUCUCUGGAUGUAGGUGAACUACAAUUCCAAAACUCAAGGUCAAUGUCCACCAAACACUUCCAGCAUUUUCUGUUGGUCAUGGGAGUUCUGUGUGCCAAGUUUGGUUCAAUUCCAUCAUUGGUGCAGUUCAGAAUGCUCUUUGAUUGUAGGUGAGCUAUCAAUCCCAGCAACUACAACUCCCAAAUGACAAAAUCAAUCCCUCCCAACCCCACCAGUAUUCAAAUUUUGGUAUUUUGGGUAUUUGUGCCAAAUUUGGUCCAGUGAAUGAAAAUACAUCCUGCAUAUCAGAUAUUUACAUUACAAUUCACAACAGUAGCAAAAUGACAGUUAUGAAGUAGCAACAAAAAUAAUUUUAUGGUUGGGGGUCACCACAACAUGAGGUCACUACAACAUGAGGAACUGCAUUAAGGGGUCGUGGCAUUAGGAAGGUUGAGAAACACCGCUCUACUAUUUUGGAAAGAGCAACCUUUCACCUUUCAGGUGCUGGUUUCCAUUUCCUAUCAUUCCCGAACUUUAGUCACACUGGCUCAAGCUGCUGAGAGCUGGAGUCCAAGGAAAUCUGAAGGGCCCCAAAUCAUCAAUUUCUGGUUUAAUUAUGGGAAAUAAAGUUUCCCCAAAAAUUCUUGGAAUAAAAGAAAUGAGCCCCCCUCCCCCAUAGGUGAGACCAAUUGUGCUGCAUGUUUUUUUUCUACCUUUGCCAAAAGUGGUUUCCCUUUCAGCCUUCAUGAAAAGAAUCAGCAAGAGCUAGAAUGAGGUUUCUGUUAAUGUAAGCCAAACUGAAAACCCCACAGGAAUCUUUUAACAGUUCCGCUAAUACUGUGUACUUUGUGUUUACAAUUCUACAUCCUACGAGUGAGUAAUUUUGCAAUAAACAAGAUCAUUCCGCAGUAAUAAAUCUGAAGACACUCAGUUUUCCAAAGAGUUUUUUCAGGCAGUCUUGCAUUAGCCACUUUCCCCACGCACUUGGUGACUAACAAUUCCUUCUGGUUGUGUAGUUUGCCAAAGCCGCAACUCAUGCUGCCCUGUGACGCUCCAAUAUGUAAGGGCAAGUGCGCAGAGUGUUCAAGACUGCAAGAAUUAUUUUCACAAAAUAAGCUUGGUCAAUUUAACAUUUAUCACUAGUGUCAACAUAGAUCCGUGCAGUAAGAUAAUGUCAUGGACAUUUGUGUGCUUUACAGGACCUUCUCUUUGUUUUGCUCUGACCUUCAGUUUUGAAGUCUGACAUUUUCAAGUUUGGUGCACAUGAGAUUGUAAUUCUGCAUUGGGAAAUGCACAUAGAACAUGUUUAUACUUUUCUAGUAAUUCCUCCACUGUUUCAAAGCACAAAAGUGUGUAUGCCCAUCGUUCCAUUGCUUCUUUUGUUAAAGAUAGAUGUUGUCGUCACACAUCACGAUUGAUUUGAUAGUGUUUUUGAAUUCAUAUCCUGGAAAAAAUGUCAUUGGGUUUUUUUAUAAAAAGGAAUUCUGUAAAAGAAAACAUUUAAGGGACAUUCUUGUGUGAACCCUCUGAUGGAAAAUGGAUUUGUUUAUAAUGAAAUAAAAUAUGUUAUCUGAGCCAAUGAAGGCAAUGAUGGGAUCAACAUCAGUCAUAGCUGUAACUACAUCAGCCUUCUGUGCCCUGUUUGCAAAACUGUGGAUCCAAAAGGACACACAUCUGGAAUUGUGGCAAACAGAAAACCAUAGCAGCAGAAAUGAGAAUCAAUGUGUUGUCAAAGGCUUUCAUGGCCGGAAUCACUGGGUUGCUGUGAGUUUUCCAGGCUGUAUGACCAUGUCCCAGAAGCAUUCUCUCCUGA